AUAGUUAUGUAUUCACAAUUCCCUUCAUCAGUUUUAGUCAAUCGUUAAACAUGUGUUAGACGUCAUCUGUGACCCCAUGGUGUGGCAGUUUAGACGUCUGUAGACCACUUUUCUGUUUUAUUUUGAUAUUUUCUAGUUUUAUUUGAAAAUUUCGCGCACCUUUGACCCUUCUAAAUCCUUUCAAGACGUGUUUAUAUAAUCUCCAACGCCUCAACUGGAGGAUUGUACUUAUGUUUUUGCCGAAGGACAAGAGUAUUUAAUAAGGCAAAAUAACAGUACAAAGUCGAAAUUCCAGUUGAAAAUAAUAAUUUCUGAUGAGUUUAACAAGCUGAGUGGUGAGGAGUCACGGCGCAAACUGAGCUAGAGGGCACUUAGUGUGUGUAGUGUAUGUGUGGCAUGUCAUCAGCUGAAACAACGGCUGCGGCGGGCAGUGAAGACGCCCUGGUGCUCCUUGACCUCCGUCGCACUGUAUCGCUUGGCAUCGCCAGGUUGAGCGAGGAGAAAGAGCGUGCGCCGUGUCUGGCGGAGUCACGCGAUAGCAGUAGCAGCAGCAUGAUGUGGGCAACGCGCCGCCGUGUGGCGCUUGAUGUGCUGUUGGUAUGCUGGGGGCUUGGCACUUGGCUCGGUGUCAAUGGCCUGUUUGUGGAGCUACCGGUGCUCAUAGCUGUGCUACCCGAAGGCUGGACAUUACCUUCCGCCAUGGUUCUUGCUGUGCAGUCUGCUAACAUUGGUCUACUUAUCUACGCAUCGCUGCGCAAUUUCUCGCGGAUCUCUGACACCCAUUGUAUCUACGGUUUGCUCACUAUCGGUACAAUCGCCCUGUUCCUUAACUCAUUUCUCUAUUCGAAGACCGUUUACCUCGGAGGCACCGAGAGGUCAGUAGCUUUUUUGGCUUUAACGUUUUUUGUCGCCCUCGUCGGCUGCACGAGCUCGGUGCUUUUCUACCCGUACCUGCGCCACUAUCGCGACAUGUACCUCGCUACGUACCUUAUUGGAGAGGGGCUUGGCGGGUUCACGCCUUCCGUUCUGGCCCUUAUACAGGGCGUCGGCGGUGAAGUGGAGUGUGUGUUGAAACCUGACAACUCAAGUUACAUUGCGGUGCGCCCACCUCCACUCUUCGACUCCACCGUCUACAUCACGCUUCUUGGCCUGCUGUCGACCAUUAGUCUCAUCAGCUUCUGCAUUCUGCACAACUACCCUGGGUUUGCAUCGGAACGCGUAAAGGAGGGUGCGGUGGCUAAAGAGGACGAAGCAGCGCCAAGAGAGUCGCUGCUGCAACCGCAAUGGGUCGGGGUGAUGGUUUUAGUGCUUGUCUUAAACGCGGUCAAUAACGGCAUAAUGCCAUCGGUGCAGUCAUAUUCGUGUAUGCCGUACGGGAAGCGCGCCUACCAUUUGGCGGCGACAUUGGGUUCAAUGGCUAACCCGAUGGCGUGCCUCGCUGGGGUGUGGCUGCGACCAUUGGCGGGCCGUUUUCUGGCGCCGCUUUUGGGGUUGAGCGCCGCGCUCUUUGGCUAUAUCCUAUUGACGGCGGUGCAGAGCCCAAAUCCGCCGCUGGCGGGUAGCAAGGAGGGCGCGGUAAUAGUGAUAUGCUGUUGGGUGCUGUGCAGUGGUCUAGUGUCGUAUGGCCGUAUGUGGGUGUAUGGGUGGUCGCGACGCGGAGGAGCUCGCGGAAUGAGGGUGUGCGGUGCGUUGGGACAGGUGGGCUCGGCGUUAGGAUCGCUCACGUUUUAUGCUCUUAUAAACUACACCACCUUUUUUCAACAGACGCCCGACUGCCCCGCGCAGACGAUAUAGCGGGCUCUUUUGAGUGCUUAAAGCAGUGGUCCUGAAAAGAUAACUUUCUUCGAUAUUGUUAUAUCUUUAUGAUAAUUUUAUUAUUAUUUAAUAGUGCGGUUUUUUAUGUUAUGCUCAAAUGAGUUUUGUCAACAUAAUAUAGCACGUAGACUUAGUUGUAAGUAGGAAAUUAAAUUAAUAAUUAAAAUGAGUUGAUCUUUGUAAUAUAUUAUUAAUGAAUCUACUAAUGGAUACUGCCUUAUGACUGCGGCUAACACCGCUUUUAUCGUAAUUUAAACAUUAAACGUAUCGAAUACUGUAUUGUCUCAAGCAUAAAAAUUAUCUAUGCAUUAGCCUUAAAAGUUGUUGUUUAUUUAAAGCUAAUUUUUUACAAGAUUUUUUUUAAGUAAGAUGUUAUUUAUUUCAUAUUACCAAAUUCUUUGUUUUUAUACUUUAUUUUAUCGAAAAUAUUAUUUUAUCUAUGUAAUCUAUUGCAAUAAUUGUGCCUUUUCUCUGGUUCUGUGCAUGGUUUACGCAAUGUAUUGUAUUGCGAUUACUCGUCGAAUAUAUACGUAGUGGACGGUGAUACAAAUUAGCUAGAAGUAAGGUUUACUAAGAAGGCUGUUGAAAUCUUAAACCUGGGAUGAUGAAAAAUAUUCCUUUGAAGACUUGCCGACACCGGCAUCACGAAUUUGAGUUAUUUAAGGAUUAUGUUUUAAGUACUGGUUAUUCGGAGUAGAGUAUGGUUUGUGGUUAUUAUGGAUAUGAUAGUGUCGGCUCAGUGCUGACAGAGCAUUAGCAUUAAGGAUGAUGAAGCAGUAUUAAAUAUGUUUUUAAGUUUGUCGGGAAAAGUGUCACCUGAGUAAGACUUUUAUUGUGCACGUAUAUUGUUUCCAAUUUCUUAACUGUCAGCAUUGCUUGAGACUUCAGAAAUAUUUUAAUUUAAUUUUAAUUAUUAUUACUUUGUCGUUUAGCACAUGUACUUUUAAUUUAUUUUUAAUCUCAACUUUAAGAGCACGUUUAAAUUGUUACCGAUUUUUAUACAAUAAGAAUUUGGGCAAAGCCUGUUUGACCAAGUCGUAAAGAUUUUGUUUUAUGAAUCGGCGAUUGGCUUAUUAGAUAGUUGAAUAGCAAUUCAAUAGACUCAAAUAAAGACUUAAUUUUGACUUAUGGUAUGAACAUUUAGAGUAGAGAGUUAGCGCUCAAUAUGAUACCGUUAUACGGGAGUCACAGUACGCGUUGAAUCUCUAUACCCUUAGAUCUAAUACGUUUACAUUGAUAUAACUUUUUAUUUAUGUAUAAAAAUUUCGUACUUAACAGUUGACAUUAGAUGACCUUGACCGAAAUGUCCCCGAAUGACGUGACAGGGAUGGGAUACCAGUAGUGGCAGUGCAUAAAUCUUUAAUUUUAAUGUAUUGUAAUAACGCAUAAUUUUUUUCUUGUGUUGUGCAGUCGUUAUAUCUGUCCUCCAAAUCGUCUGUAGAAAUAUUAUUAUGCCAAUUGGGAGAACUUAUAAGCAUAUAAUUCAUAAGAAUUUAACAAGACGUAGUGAAUGCGUUCUUUCUUAUUGGAAAUUGCAAUUAAUAUGAAAUGUAAUUUACCGUAGCAACGUUCAGCGUUUUAAUGAAAAAGCCUACAUAUGUUAUAAGUGAAUGUUCCAAUUGGCGAUAAUAAAUACAUAGACACUGUUUAUUUAUUUAUAUUUAUGGUAAUAAUGUUCCAAAGUAACAUUAAUACAGUGAGAGUAGAAGUAAGCCGGAUCAUAUACAAUUGUUAUUUGAUUUCAGAUACUAUGUAAAAUAGAAUAUAUUUAUUUUAAGGUAA